UUACGUCCUUUGCAUGCUCUUCAAUCACCGUGAGAUCAGAAGAGUAAGCUAUCCAAAUCACACCCCAAAAGGAAGAAAAUUUAGAUUAAAAAUAUAAGAUGAUACACACUACGUUAGAUGCACAGUAACUGAGCUCUCAAGACCAUAGCAUAGAACAGGUUUCCCAGUUAUGCAAAAAGGAGUACCACUCGGGUCAGUAGGAACACAUCUCACAAACAACCAUAUAUGUGAAUUAGCUGGUUUUCAUUUUCUAAAAUGGGAAAUUAUGAGAAGGACAUGAUGCUUAUAUAUUAAUUUAUGAUGUAUUUAUUAAUCUGUUCACAGAAAAGGACCAUUGAAGUCCAAAAGCAAUGGAAGAGAAAAAUUUCACUAAAGUGAAGGAGUUCAUACUUUUAGGGUUCACAGCCGACUCAAGGUUACAAAGGGUACUCUUUUUCAUCUUCCUCAUCAUUUAUGUCAUCAGUCUCUUAGGGAACAUCACCCUGAUUUCUCUGAUCUGUGCUGAUUCACAGAUCCACACACCCAUGUAUUUCUUCAUUGGGAAUCUGUCAUUCCUGGAUCUCUGGUAUUCCACUGUCUACACCCCGAAGAUCCUAGUGACCUGCAUCUCUGAGGACAAAAUCAUCUCCUUUGCUGGCUGCCUGGCUCAGUUCUUCUUCUCUGCUGGACUGGCAUAUAGUGAGUGCUACCUGUUGGCUGCCAUGGCUUAUGACCGCUAUGUGGCCAUCUCCAAUCCGCUGCUUUACUCCCAAGCUAUGUCCCCAAGGUUAUAUACCAGUGUUGUUGCAGCUUCAUACCUUGGUGGCUUUAUUAACUCAACAGUCGUCACUAGUGAAACAUUUAACCUGAGCUUCUGUGGCAACAAUAUCAUUGAUGAUUUCUUCUGUGAUCUUCCCCCACUUGUGAAGUUGGCAUGUGAUGUGAAGGACAGUUACCAGGCUGUGCUAUAUUUCAUACUUGCCACCAAUGUCAUUACUCCCACCAUGCUCAUUCUUGCCUCCUACCUCUUCAUCAUUGCUGCCAUCUUGAAGAUUCGUACCACCCAAGGCCGCCUCAAGGCCUUCUCCACUUGUGGCUCUCACCUGACAGCAGUCACCUUGUACUAUGGUUUCAUUCUCUUCAUUUACUCCAGGCCAAGCACUAGCUAUGCCCUGGAACGAGAUAAAGUGGUGUCAGUGUUCUAUACUGUGGUGAUUCCAAUGUUGAACCCUUUGAUCUAUAGCUUAAGAAGUAAAGAUGUCAAAGAUGCCCUGAAGAAAACAUUAGAUAGAACAAAGUUUUCCUAA